AUUUGAACUGGACUUAUCCUAUGAACUGAAACUUUCCUUAAUACUGAACUUGUCUUUAACACUGAACUCAUCCUUAGAACUAAGUUUGUCCCUUGAACUAAACUGUUAGAACUAAACUUCUCCUCCGAGCAAAGACAUCUGUGAGAAUAUAAAAAAAAUUCAAUUUUCUGCAGUUUAUUUAACUUUAUUGUCAAUUUAAAUUAUAAAAUUCAAAAACAAUUUUUAAUCUUUCAAAAAGUUUCAAGCUCUUGUUCUUGGAUUUAAAUCACUUGGAUCCACAAUCUUCUUCUCACAGCAAAGCCCAAUGGCAUCACAAGCAGGUCCACAUGCAUAUCUUCUCAAAAUUGGUGAUCCAAAUACACAAUGACAGUCACUAUCGGGUGGUGCAAAUGUUGAAGAGCUACAAGAUGGACAGAGCUUGAUGACUGGCCUCUUAUCUGCUAAAGCAAAAGGUCCAAAAAUGCAAAAUGCAGCUACGAUUAGGAGUAAAACUUUCAUGGCUAAUCACUUGGAAUGACUGAAAUUGACUGAAUAUUAGCAAAAUUCAGUGAAAUUAAAAUAAUAAAUUAGCAUUUUCGUGAUUUUAAAAAUUUUAUGGCUGAUCGUGAGUUUAGCGAGGCGGCAGGAGCGAAACUUUGGACUAGAUUUAUUAGCAACGAGUCAAAGGCAACAGAAUUUGCGAAUAAGAUACCUGAAAUUUAAGAACAGACCAGUCUAGUCUAGGUCUAGUCUAGGUCUAGUCUAGGUCUAGUCUAGGUCUACUCUAGAUGCAGCUACAAAAAUUACAAACUUUCCAAGAAUUUAAUUUCCUUUUAUUCAUCAAAAUUGAAAAAUUUUUAAAAAUUUUCAUCAAUCCAGUUAUAGACAGCACUUUCCAAGUGCAUCACAAGCAAGUCCACAGGAAUAUUUACGAAGCUCGGGUGUUGAUCCAUCGCGGCAACCACAAGUGCUGUCAAAAUCAGCUAAUCGGCUUCUUGUACAUGGUGGACAGUACUUCCUAUCAGCAUCCACAGAGUUGGCUAGAAUUGCCAAAACUAAGGCAAAGAAAAUGUAAAAAAAUUUCAUUGUGAACAGUUUUGAGGACCAAGGUUUACUGAGGUUGUUUUGCUGUAGCUUGUUAUUCAGGUUGUUAAAAAAACACUUGAAGUAAUAUUUAUUUUGGAGAUAUUUUGCUGAUGAGCUUCAAUGACGGCUUGAUACUGAGUCUGUCUCGGGUAUCAAAUCAUCUGAGUAAAUUGAAGUUUUGUUCAUAUUUGAUAUUGUUGGAUGUAUGGAAGCUUGUACAGGAAAGAGCAAUAAAAGUAAGUUUCUAGCCAACCUUUGUGCUGCGAAACAACUCAUUAAAAGCUUAUGAACCGCAUACUAUGUGCAUGAUUAACCUUAAAGAUGUGCUUUUUUACGAAAAAGGUUGCCCACCACUGAUCUUGAGCAAGACAAACGAAUAGCUGGAACGGAGGGGUCGAUUAGAAAGUUUGGUUCUGAUCUGAUAGAAGGUUUUGAUAGACUAAUCCAGUAGUUCUUAACCUAAGUGCCGCGGCACACCAGUAGUUCUUAACUUAUGUGUGCUGCGAAAAAAAUGAUUGUUAAAGUCGGUCAAGUGAAAUUUUUAUGUAAAAAAAUGUGCCGUGGACCAAAAAAGUUUGAGAAACACUGGACUAAACUUUUUUAUUCGUCGUAAUGAACUCAAAUGCGCCCCAACCAAGCAAGUAAAUAAAGAUUAAUUGACAAAAACUUUUCUUUUAUUUUAAUUAAGCUUGUUUAACAAUUUUUUUUUUAAAAUCAUCAACGUUUCUUUAAUUUAUGCACAGCAGUAGCCAAUAGCAUCACAUGCUGGACCGCAUGCAUAUUUACGAAGCACAGGAACUACUCCAUUGCUGCAUGUACAGCUGCUGUCUGCUGAAAAUGGUGUCGUAGUGCAAGAUGGACAAUUCACAGUAACUGGAACUACAUGGCACUUCUUAGCUUGAGAAAACGUUAUGGAAGUUCCAAUAAAAAAGAAUGUGAGAAGGAUAUACAAAAACUUCAUUGUGGACGGUUUGGAUGAUGAAAUGUUACUGAAUUUGAGGGAAUAAUAAUUCAGAUGAGUUUCGUGCAGCUGAGGAAAUUGGAGACUUAAAUUGGUUGGAUACAAUAAGUUUUGUAGCUAGAUUGGCUUAUUUUGGAUUAUCCCGUAGAACAGUAAAGUUCCGCUGAACCUAGCUUGAGAAACACUGUCUUAUAAUUGAAUCAAUCCACUUUAAACCAUAAAAAAAUCCAAUUCAAAUCAGUGAAAAACACGAAAACCUAUUUUGUGUGACGUCAUCACAAGGAAUUGAAUUUCCUCGAUGAUGUCGAUAUGGAAUUGAUUGAUAAGUUGCUAUGAAUGGUUGUGGCCACUUUCUUAAUGUGUAGAUCUUAUAAAUUGAGAGAUUAACAUCCUUUGCUAUGUUAUAAUUGAGUUACUUAUCAUUUCUCUUAUGAACUUUAAUAUUUGCUCUCAGCUAUGCUUAUUCCAUAGCUUAUCAAAUUGUCUCCUUUUCUCUGAUUCAUUCUGUGAUUGACUGUUGACUUGAGUAGACUUAAGUUUGCAUCUCAGCUGGACUUUGUUAUCAAAUUAUUGCUUAAUAAAUUCCAAAAAGUGCUGAAAAUUGUGAAAAAUAAUUUCAAAUUUAUCUAAAGUUAAAAAUUAGUGGAAGUAAGGAACUGAGCAGCAACAAAAAUGGCUAAAAUUGCUCUGUUGCUGUUUUGUAUUGUUGGAGUUUAUUUGGAAUUGUCAGCAUCGACAAGCAUUGAGUGUGAAUAUGGAACUGAAAAUUGGAAAAUUCUUAAAAAUGUAUAUUUUUGCUAUGUCAAUAAUAAUCCAAGCAUAACAACUCGAGAAUCAGCGGCAAUAACUUCAAUUUCUGGAACUCAUCAAAGUGGAAAGACAAAUUCUGAUGUUGGUGGCUUUGCUGUUUAUUCUAAAACUAUUAAUUAUUUCCCGCGUGGUUUAGAAACUUUCUUUAAGAAUAUUAAAGCUAUUCAAAUUGAUAAUUGUAAUUUAAAGGAAGUCCAUCAAGAAGAUUUAAAGCCAUUUCCUAAAUUAAUUGAGCUUCAUUUGACUUCUAAUAAACUGGAAGUUCUCGAAGAGGAUCUUUUUGAUUUUAAUCCUGAUUUAGAAUUUAUUCAUUUUUGGGACAACAAAAUUGUCCACAUUGAACCGAAUGUCUUUGAUCAUUUAAGUAAAUUAAGCUAUCUUUACUUACUUUAUAACUCCUGCAUUGACAAAAAAGCUAAAAAUUCAACUUCAGAAGUCAAAAAUGUCAUCCAAGCUGCAAAAUCCCAAUGCAUUAAUUCCGAAUUUUCCUCACUCAAAACCCAACUUGAAAGCCUCGAAAAAGACUCAAAAACUUUAAAUUCCCAAAAAUUCUCUGAAAAAUUGGCAGCCUUUGAAAAAUCUUUCAAUUCCUCAAAAUUCGCCAAUUUUCGUCCAUUAAACUACAAAUUUGAAGCUCUUAAGAAUCCCACAAUUAAUUCCAUAAACUCAAGCUUAACAUGCCCAAAACUUGAAGAUUCUCCCGACUCAAAAGAUCCGCAAAAUUGCUGCCAAUUUGACCAAAUUUCAAUUUUAGACAAUAAACUAGAAAAUUUGACUCAAAACUUGCAUAGCCUUGCUGAGACUUAUUCAAACAUGACUAGUGAGUUGUGGACAGUCCAAAAAGUCCAAAAUGGACAUAGUGACUUAAAAGUUGAGCUGAGCUCCUUAAAAAGUGGACAAGUUGACAUCAAAAAUACACAAAAGAAUCUCAACAAUGACAUUAAGACUAUCCAAAAUGACCUAAAAGUAUCCAUGACUACUCAAAAGACAUCCAAUGACAAUCUCGUACCUAAAAUUACUGAUGUCCAGAACAUCCUUAAAUCCACAAUCACCGAAGUUGACACAAAAUUGACCAAAAAUUUAAAUGACAUAAAAACAUCCCAAAGGACCCUAAUAAGUGAGGUUAUGUCCACCCAUGAAGGUUCUGUUGCUAAAAUAUCCUCAAAAAUUGACAAAAUCUUGACAGCACAGGAUGAGGCUAUGCAGUCUCAAGCUAGUUGCAAUAUGACAUUAAGUGACUUUAAGGAUGGACAGAAUGACAUCAAAGUGACUCAAGUAGCUAUAAGGACAGCUUUAACUGACCUUGGAUCCAAAUUUACAACCUUAAAGGACUUUACAUUGACAUCACAAGACGACAUGAAAGGCUCGAUCAGUGACAUUGAAGCUACUCUUAGUGGCAUAAAAUCAGCUCAAGCUGAAAUGAGUGCAACCUUAAGAAAGGUAAAGACAACUCAAAAUGAGAUCAAAAUUCAGUUAGAUGACUUAAAGAUCACUAAAGUUAGUAAUUCUGAGGAACAAUCCUUGACUUCUCAUGGGUCACAAUGUGAUGCAUUUGAGGAACGCUUAACAGAAUUUGAAGGGAGAAAUUCAAGAAAAUUGGCUAAAAUUGAGAAGGAUCUUGAAGUCACUCGGUCCAAAAUAUUGCUAGCUAUUGACUCAAAGGUUAAGGCUAGCGAGGAUCGACUUAUGAACAAGAUUGAGGAAUUGUUGAAUGAAAAAUUGGGAAAAUUAAUUCAAGAAAAAGUUGAAUUGGUUUUUGCUAAUAAUUUCUAAAGUUUAAAAAUUAAAAGUUCAAAAAUUUUAAACUUUAAAAUUAAAAAAAAUUAAAAGUUGAAAAAUUAUGAAGUAAAAAAUUCAAAAAAUUCAAACCAAAAAAUUUAAAAAAAUUAAAAGUUCAAAAAUUA